GGAUAUGCUCUAACAACUUUCAAUUGGCCGAUUCCACUGUACACGGGUGUUCAAACUGUCUCAACAGCCAAGAGCACCUCCGUGUUACGAAUGCCGCCGCUGUGCCGCUGCCGAACAUUAACGGCUGCAUCACGGGCCACCGAGGCCUUCCUCCCGUCUGGUUGAUCAGAACGCUCUGGAUACCUGAAUGCACACAUGGCGGCUAGCAGGCUCUGCUAAUUUGCCAUUUUUGGCAUUCCAACAGGCGCAUUCCAUUUGGGAAGAUAUCCCCUGUCGUGCGUUGCAUCUUGAGAAGUCGACAUGGCUCUUCAGGGGAAAACCAAUAGUCUUGGGCUUCUGUCUUGCAGAAGACUUUGCCGCCGGCCGAUGUGCCGGACACCUACUACUCCCCAAUCGGGCAAGCCUUGUGAGAGACCCGGCGCUUUAUAACCGUAAACGGAUAGAGAAACAGCAAAUCCGCCUUGCCGGGAUUAGAAAUGAAACAUUGAAUCCCGAUUCGAUUGUCCCCGUGGUUCUCAACAGCACAACCAACACCCGGCAGGACUGGCAUCAACUAUUAUUAGACUGCAAGACUUCAAGACUUUGCACUCGCCGUGUUCGCCUGUACUGCUACCCUUCUGAACCGACCCUGGCAGUUUCAUCAGGAGUCCUGACGACCGCACCAACAAGCCAAUCAAAACAUGCCACCAUGAUACACAAGACGCAUCCCGCUUCAGAAGUCGGAAGAGAAGCUAGAACAAGGUGGCUCUUGAGCACAAAGAUAUAGAUAUUAUUUCCGCUGUGGAACUUGUUUGUUAGGCGAUCCCUAUCAAAGUCACAAAGGUACAUAUUGAUUUUUACUCUAACACAGUCGGAUAAACACAGUAUAAGCAUCAUGCCCGAUACUCUACAC